GUCACUUUGUCCUCACUUGGUUGCUGCAGCGCGACUGCGUUUGCUGUCAUGUUGAAUAUCUGGCGCUUUUUCCCAGGCGUUUCGGAUUUCUUUUACGCUGGCAAGGGAAAGUCAAAUAGCUCUGAUUGUAAUCAAGAGGUGAACCUGAUGAAAUUCAGGGAAUUGCCAAUAGGACCUCUCUCAAAGGGAAAUGAACCUGCUCCUCGUAGCGGCCAUCGAAUAUUUUUGGAUGAUGAAUUUCUAUACGUCGUUGGGGGCUUUGAUCGCACUGCGGACGAACAGGGUGGUAAAAUAUAUAGAGAGGUUUGGAGAUACAAUUUAUUGACCCAAGAGUGGACCGAGAUGGACCUUAUUGGCAAUUUCCCGACAGCGCUAGCUUCGUUUGCGUGUGAGUCACCGAUGCUACACAAAUUUAUUUUUUGUGAAAAGUUUUUGCCAAGUUCACCAGGUUGGUUUGCUUUAGUGGUGCAGAGUUCGCCGUAUUCGAACCAAGUUGUGCUUUUCGGAGGCACCGCUGUACCGUUCGGAGCAUCUACGUCUUCCAGUGUUCAUCUUCUCUCUUUUAGUAAGACUUCCAACUCAAUCCUUUCCACUUUGCUCCCAGUAGAGGGAGAGAAGCUUGCAACUUAUGGGCACGCAAUGCUGCGCGGUUCGGAUCCAUGUGCUUUUUAUGUGAUCGGCGGUACAACGGGGCACAAUUUCUUUCUAGAUGUUGACAAAUUAACGUUUGAAGAGGGAAAAUGGAAGUGGUCAAGCGAAGCACAAGCUACUCCGAACUUGGAAGGACGAUACCGUCUUGAAGCUGUAGCGCACGAUGACCUUAUUUUCCUUUUUGGUGGUGGUCGNUCGGCGACUCCGAACUUGGAAGGACGAUACCGUCUUGAAGCUGUAGCGCACGAUGACCUUAUUUUCCUUUUUGGUGGUGGUCGUCCCGAUUAUGUAACUGAACUUCGCACAAUUACGGUAUUCGACACUAAGAAGAAGAUGUUCGUGGAAUUGCCAACUCUCCCCGAUGAAAGUAUAAACUCUCAAAGUUGGGAAGAUGGGUAUCCCAAAGGGCGAAGAUGUCAUUCGGUGACCAAAUGGAAGAAAAAGGCCAUUCUCGUUGGGGGUUGCAGCGCUGAUAAAGAUGACGACGACGUGAGACACGUGGACAUGUAUAGCGAUGUGUGGUCGUUUGACUUGGAAACCUAUCAAUGGAAGAAAAUGCCAUUCGAUCUCGCCGUACCAGUUUUCUUCCAUGACGCUGCAAUCACAAAGGAAGGGUGUCUGUUGGUUUGGGGCGGGGUGCGUGACAUCUACAGCUCUCAUCGCACAAAUAUCGGCCAGUAUUGCUACCUAGAACCUCCCUCUUUGAAAACAUUGGCUGCCCUUUCGCUGCGACCAUACAUAUACUACAAGUCUAUGGCACUAUCGUUACUUUCGCAGAACAGAUGCUCGUUCGGUGGUUGUCAGCUGAAUUUUUCCAGUACGGACGAUCUAAUCGCCCAUAUCGAAUUCACGCACAUCCCUCCAUUAGAGGAAGAGUACCGUCAGAAAGCUAGUCAGGCUCAAAGUGGACCCGAGGAAAACCGCGCUUCAGCCACUCCAAAUAUGCCGCUUAGUUGCGUUUACAGGCUAUUCCAACCAGCAUACAAUCCUACGCCAUGUGACCCAGAUGUUAUUCGGUUAACUUUUAAUCACUAUCGGAAACGACCAAAUGAAUCUGGCAGCUCUAAUGUCCAAAGUCUUUCAUCGUCUCUGCGAAAAGAUGAAUCAAAUACUGGAGAUUGCGUUGAGGAUUUGAGUGAAUGCAGCAUCAAUGAUCUCGAAGAACGGUUCCGUUGUCAUGUUGCUGAGUGUGGAAAGCGUUUCAGAUCCGCGUCUGGACUGAGAUCCAGACCGUACAAAUGCCAGCAGUGUUCAAAACGUUAUAAAACUACGGCAGGAUUAUCCAAUCAUGUAGAGCAGUCGCAUAAGAAGCAGUCAGGUGGAUGUGGUACCCCAUCAUCUACGGAUUCCGCACCAGCGUCUCCUUCGCCGGCAGUUUUAGACCAGUUAAUAUCGCAGGCCAGAGCUCAUGGGCAAGCUACUGCUGCCGCUGCUCAGGAACAACAGCGUGCGCAACAACGUCCUCUUCCCGUUCAAGUUGCCAGUGCCACGGGUCACCAAUAUGGGCAGAUGAGUGCUCAGCCUCCGCUUCCUGUUCGUUCUAUUCCUAAUACGCAUUCGAGGUAUACGCAGGGUCAUGUUCAACGUGUGGCGUCGUGCAGUCCGCUUCAGGGACAUCAAUCGAAUACAGAAACCAAUCGGAAUGCGGCCACCGACACUGAUGAGAGUUCACGGGUUUACAACACUCCACAUGUAGUGGAAAGCGGUCCUAUACUCCUACCUCCUAAACAGGACUGA